AUGGGACAGUUUUCAGGAGGAUGCUACCUGAGUUUUGGCAUCCUCGUGCUUCUUCUCUUCGGCUCGCAGUUCCCGGCCACGUUAGCAAGAGGUCCCCGAGGUGAGGCCCUGCAGCAUGGCCAGUCUGGGACACUGCCCCACUUCCUGGAAGAACCUGUCGAUGCUUACAUCGUUAAGAGUAACCCCAUCAAGCUCCGGUGUCAAGCUCGGCCCGCUCUUCAAAUCUUCUUCAAGUGCAACGGCGAAUGGGUCCACCAGAGCCAGCACAUGUCUCAGGAGCACACCGACCUGGGGACAGGGCUGAAGAUCCGCGAGGUGAUGAUCAACGUGUCCCGUCAGCAGGUGGAGGACUUUCACGGCCCGGAGGAUUACUGGUGUCUGUGUGUCGCCUGGAGUCACCUGGGAACCUCCAAGAGCCGCAAGGCAACUGUCCGGAUCGCCUACCUGAGGAAGAACUUUGAGCAGGACCCCCAAGGCACCGAGGUGCCUCUGAAUGGCAUGAUUGUGUUGCACUGUCGUCCCCCAGAGGGAGUGCCUGUGGCUGAGGUUGAAUGGCUCAAAAAUGAAGAACCUCUCAACUCUGAAGGUGCCAUCGAUACAAGAGGCGACCACAAUCUCAUCAUCUCUGAAGCCCGACUGUCUGACUCGGGAAACUACACCUGCGUUGCCAGCAACAUCGUGGCCAAGAGACGCAGCGCCACAGCCACUGUCGUCGUCUAUGUGAAUGGAGGCUGGUCAUCGUGGACAGACUGGUCCCCCUGCAAUGUUCGAUGCGGUCGCGGCGUGCAGAAACGUUCUCGCACUUGCACAAAUCCCGCUCCUCUAAAUGGGGGAGCCUUCUGUGAGGGCAUGUCGGUGCAGAAGAGCACCUGCAACACACUGUGUCCAGUGGAUGGCGGCUGGGGAGAGUGGACCGAGUGGUCAGUGUGCAGUGUAGACUGCGAGAGGCAGCGCAGCAGAGAAUGCACUGCUCCGGAGCCCAAACACGGAGGACGGCUGUGCGACGGGGUGGCGCUGGCAUCCGACAACUGCACCGGCGGCCUCUGCACACAGAAUCGAAAGUUGCUGCAUGACGCUAAGCCACAGGGUGUGGAGAGCAGCAGUGAUGUGGCCUUGUAUUCAGGCCUUGCUGCGGGGGUGGUGACGGUGGUGCUGCUGAUCAUCGCUGUCACUCUCUACCGAAGGAGCCAGAGCGAGUACGGCGUUGAUGUCAUCGACUCGUCUGCCCUCACUGGGGGCUUCCAGUCCUUCAGCUUCAAGACCUCGCGCCAAGCGAACCCUCUGCUUAUUAAUUCAUCCAUGCAACCUGAUCUGACAGUGUCUCGUACCUACACCAGCCCCAUGUGUUUCCAGGACUCCAUUGACAAGGAGCUGAUGGCCGAGCGCUCACUCCUUGACCCGUUGCCUGAUAUCAAGGUCAAAGGGGUGGCAGAGAGGGCAGAGUACCAUGUCAUGUCACACCCUCAGACAUUUCCAAGGGGCCUGGCUCCAGACUACAGAGGGGUCGCAGUCGGGACGACGCUGGGCAGAAGAGGCAAAAACCUCUUCGCUCCUCAAGUCUCUCUGACUCUCAGCAGGCCUCUCCACAAAGCAACUGCAGUGUUUGGUCAUGCUGGAGGCAGGCUGGUGGUGCCUAACACAGGUAUCAGUCUGCUGGUGCCGCAUGGGGGGAUCGCAGAAGACACUACCUGGGAGAUGUACAUGAUCAUCAACCAGGAGGACAGCAGCACUGUGUCCGAGGACGGGCCGGAGAUCUUCUUGAGUCCUGCAGUGACAUAUGGUCCACCAGGCCUUGACCUGUCCUGUCCCAUAGCCAUGACCAUAGCCCAUUGUGCAGAGGUUGCUGCAGAUAAUUGGGCCAUCCGGCUAAAGAGACAAGUUCAGGACAACAAGUGGGAGGAGGUGAUGUCUGUGGAUGAGGAGAGCACAUCUUGCUACUGUCUGCUGGAGACCCAGAGGUGCCACGUGCUGCUGGAGCAUCCGGGUCGCUACGCCCUGGUGGGGGAGCCGCUGAACCAGGAGGCGGCCAAGCGGCUGAGGCUGGCUGUGUUUGGUAGUCCGGAUAACAGCAACUCUCUGGGCUUCACCCUCAGGGUCUACUGUGUGGACGAUACGCCACAUGCAUUUCAGGAGGUGGCGGUGGGCGAGCGCAGCAGGGGCGGGCGGCUGCUUGAGGAGCCUAAAAUGAUGCUGUUCCGGGGAAACACUUUCAGCCUCCAGGUGUCCAUCCAGGACGUCCCACAGUUACUCUGGAGCAUCAAGCCUUUUACCACCUGCCAGGAGUUCUCCUUUUCUCAGGUGUGGGCCAGUAACCAGCGUCCCCUGCAGUGUGCCUUCUCUCUGGAGCGAUACAGCCACUCCUCGUCUCAGCUCUCCUGCAAGAUCGGCAUCCGACAGGUCAAAGGCGAGGAGCAGAUACUCCAAGUCUAUACAUCGGUGGUGGAGAAUGAAAAGGGAGUGGUUCCCUUUUUCACUCAGUCAGACUGUACCAUCACCUCUCAGACAGGGUCAAGGGCCUUUAAAAUCCCCCUGUCCAUCCGUCAGCGGAUCAGCGCCACCUUUGACACCGCUAACGCCAAGGGGAAGGACUGGCAGCUCUUGGCUCAAAAGCUCCAUAUAGACAGAAACCUGUGCUACUUUGCAUGUCAGGAGAGCCCAUCAUCAGUGAUUCUGAGUCUGUGGGAAGCCCAGCACCAGGACUCGGGGGACCUGGACUCUCUGGCCAGUGCCCUUGAGGAAAUCGGCAAGGUCCAGUCCCCCAGGACCGCCGCUCUGGACUGCAGCAGAGAAGAACGGGACUCAGAAUUCACUAAUCUUGGGUAGGGCAAGUUCUAUAGCAGAACAAAAACAACGAUCAACCUUUACUGCAUGAACACUGACGAUCAGGUGUACUAGCUAACCUACGGCGAGGUGGAGGAGACGCAGAGAGGACAGCAGGGAAACUCAGUUUGGGACUUUUAUUAAAGGAACACCUCUGCUAAACCAAAUACCACAUACAGGCAGUUGAGGAACAACAGAAAUGAGUGGGGAAGUAUAUGUGUUAUUAAGAGGCACCCAACAAAAGAUUUUAGAAAGGGAAAUAAGCAUCCCACACCCAACAUUGAUUGAGAAAUGUCUACUCCUGACAGGUCAGAUAACCUGUAUUCACGGAUUAUGGAUAUCUGUGUGAGGAGGACUCUCCGUGUAGGAUGGAGUGUGUUUUUAGACGGACUGUCAAUCAAACUGGUGUUGUGACCUUCCCUGGAUCGGAUGUGCUGGCACUUGCCCUCAAACAGUCCUCUGCGGCUGUCAAAAUGUUUAGUGUAAUGUCAUUUUGUUGUCAUUCAUUUUCUCCCCCAGAACUCCAAAUGCGUUUUUUUUUUUUAUGUGAGAGCUGGAAUUAGAGGAGAAAACAGAAAGUAAGGGUGUUAAUUUUGUCAGAACUUUGGUCAGAGAUUCACAAUUUUUAAAAGGAUGAUCUGAUGAUGUCCACAUGUUAAAAAAACAACAUUGUAAGGCUGUAUAGGGAUGACUUUAUAAACUGUGCUGAAUUGGCUUUGAUCAUAUGGAUAACAUUCAUUUUUAAGAAAACACCCACAUGUAAAACAUUACCAACCCCACAUGCAGAACAUAUUGUCAAAGCAAAAGCUGCAGAAGAGGAUGAAUUAUCCCAAUGUGCAAUGCAAUGAAUGGAAAAUGAAUGUCUCUCUGUGUGAUAAGUAACUUCAUACCAGACAGACAAUGGGAACAUCACAUUUACUGCAAAUUGUUGCCGCUGGUUAAGUGGUGUGUACUUUUAAGACCCUCUGGGACUUCGUUUUUCUUUAUUCCUGAAUAUGUUUUUGUGGCUUGCUUGAGCUGCUUUUGUUUUUGGAUCGCCUGCAUCAUACCUGGUUAUCAGUAUCCGGAGAUACUUUGCCAACUCUCGCUCCUCUGUCUUCGUUGCACCUGCCUUCCUAAACACGAUAAAAUCACUUUGUGUUGAACUCUGUGUCGGCUCUCUAUUUUCAUCCGCAAAGGCCUGACAAUCCACACACUGUACGGUGGAGAAAUUGGCCACAACAAAUCUUCAAAAACUGUAUACAGUAACAAGAUUAAAUAUUUAAAUACAUGUUUUUGGAAGAGCUGUAUGAUCAUAGACUAGACCUUGCUGUCUUUCCUUCUUAAAAGUACUUAAAGGCACAUUUCGGCAUUUUAGGUUAUAAGCUAUUCACUUUGUUGGCGAGAUUUAGAUGAGCCGAUUCUCUACAGUGAAAGUGAAGCUACAGUUAGAAGUUAGAUUAGCAUUAAGACUGGAAGCAGGGAGAAACAGCUAGUCUGGUUCUGUCCAAAGGUAACAAAAUCCAACUACCAGCACCUCUGAAGCUCACUUAAGCUAUUAUCUUAUUAACUCCAGACAAAAGUCGUGUUUCCAUCAACAAAUUUCUGCAUGAUAAAAGCUUGAUUAAAACACUAAAUAUUUCAUAGAACUUUUGAAAAUGCGCAUAGUAAAAUACAAGUUUUUUAGGCUCGCUUGAGGUGGUUUGUCUUUUUUGUUAAAUAGUUAGUGCUCUUAACAGGAGAUGGAAACGCUUUUUUCUGAAUAAAUCUGGCUGUUUCUGCACUGAAAUGGAAGAGUAAUUAUUAGUUGCCCAAAUGUAUCCAACUCCUGAAGACUUCUUUCCAUCUUUUUCCGUCUUUCCAUUUUCUCUUGUGUGUGGUCAAACCUCUUUUUGUUAGUUUUUCUCUCCUGUGCAAUCUUUAAUCUUCUACUUUUUACUGACGGAUUAGCCGACAGCAAUACAUUACACCUCCAACUUCUGAACAAAGUAUGUUUAUGCAGAUUUGGUUAUUCCAUCUGAACCAAUUGAUGGAAACAUCCGUAAUUAGAAUUUUCUUAAUGCAACAUUCCCAAAUUUCGCUUCGACUUCAAUGAAAACAUGACUAAUGUCUGGAUAAUCCGGUCAGGACAUUGUCGACAACAUGUGAUUGUCCAUGUCAGAUGCUUUA